UCCGGCGGUGACGUCAACGCAGGUACCUGGUCAAGGUGCGGCGGUGCGGGCGGUGGCGACCGACUGUUUCCUGGCUUCGCGGCUCGGAGCAGUGGCGACAUGUGCGGUUUCGAUAAAGAGAGCGGGCCCCGCCAGCUGAUGCGGAAGGGCAUCGCCCUGAUCUUCAUCGGGCACAUCAACUUCAUCAUUGGCGCCAUUGUCCAUGGUACAGUCCUCAGGCACAUCUCCAAGCCCGAGGACCAGGUGACCGUUGAGUACUCAGUGGCCAACAUCAUCUCUGUCGUCUCUGGUUUGUUGAGUAUUGCAAGUGGAAUCAUUGCUAUCUUAGUCUCACGAAACCUGCUCAGAGUGAAGCUGCACUGGGGACUGCUGAUCAGCUCUCUACUAAACACUUUCAUGUCACUGGCCUGUGCUGCUGGGCUGAUUCUGGCCAUCGUACUGACAGUGUCCCAAGGAGGCAGGAACCUGAUCUCCGGCUGCAACUCCACCAUGGUGCCAGCUGUUUCCGCCAAGUCAAUGACAAUCGACAACUGCCCCUUUGAUACAACCCGCAUCUACGAUACCACUCUGGCAUUAUGGAUCCCAUCAAUGGUGCUGGCCACAGUGGAGGGUAUCCUCUCUGCCCGUUGCGUCGUUGUGGCAAUGAUUCUUCGUGGGAUUAGCCCCUGUGGGCAGAACGACAUGGUGGACCGGAUUGAGGAAGAAGAUCCAGCAAAAGGGAAGAAAUACAGAGAAUUGGAAACUUACAAACUCAUCAGUGAAAGCAGGGAAAUUCAUCUGUAGAAGCAUUGGAUACUGCCUGACUCACUGGGAAUUUCCACCUUUCAAUUUUCUCUUCAGACUUCGAGCAACAUUUCAUGUUUGUACAGUUUGUGUGAGAUAGUUGAUGUUGACAGUUCUUGGGUAUUUUUAAGGGGAAGGGGAUUGUCAGAGUUUUUAAUAAUGUAUUCUUUAAAAAGCCUUUGGUUCCCUAUUUCUCUUUUUAAAUGUGUUUUUGAAGAAAAUCUACGGGUGAGACAUUCUGAGUGGUUGUUGUCCAAGCAAUCGGAUAUCGGUUUUGCAGUAUUAAGUCAUCACCUGCUGUCAUGAUGAAGCCUAUGGAUACCUGUUUAUGCUGAUGUUAGUUCCAUGGAGAUGCUCCUCGAUGAAUUGCCCUUGUAAUUUGGUUGCCAUUCUUAUAGGAUCUAUUCUCCUUUCCCCAUCCAUGUUUGUUCCACCUCCCUCUCCCCAGCUUUCUCGGGCUCCCCUGCCCCGUCUCAGUUUGCAUGUAGAAACAGGUUUGGUGGUGAUCCUGUUGUGGCCUUUCUGUUUCAGAUUCAAAUUUAUUUAUGUAUCACGUGUGCGUGCAGCGAAGUGCGUUAUUUGCGUUAACAACCAACACAACCUGAGGGCGUCUAGUUGGUCACCACACAUUCUGGUGCGCACAUAGCAUGUCCACAGUGUUCGACAGAACAACACAGAGCACAACAGCAGCAAAGCAAGCCCCUUUCUUCCCACUCACAUAAACCGACAGGCCCCCUACUCCCAGGACCUUCUCACUGUAACGUUAUAAACACGUGAGAUUCUGCAGAGGCUGGAAAUCCUGAGCAACACACACAAAGUGCUGGAGGAACUCAGUGGGCCAGGCAGCGUCUGAGCAGUCGACGUUUCCGGCCGAAAUCUCGGCCUGAAGCGUUGACUGUUCCCCUCCGUGCUUACUGUUGAGUUGGGCAAGUGAUGACAAAGCUCUAGCACUUUUGACACAAACAACGCAUUUCGCUGUGCGUUUCGAUAUGCACGUGAUAAAUAAAACGGAACCUGUAUUUUUCAGCUUCGGGGUUUCAGGCGGACCGAGCUCCAAAACUCUCGGUGCUGAGUUAAGGUAGCAAAAGCUUCAUCCAUUUGUUCUGCGGUUCUACCAACGGGAUUGGGAUUUAGUCUUCACUGGGAGAAUUAGCAGGAUGGGGGGACCUUUUGUAACUGUACAAGGGUUUUGGGGAGACUAAACCUGGAGUACUUGGGUAGCUGGAGGAACUCAAUGGGUCAGGCAGCAUCUAUGGAGGCAGAAUAGACAUUAGACAUUUUGGGUUGAGAUCCUUCAUCUGGACUGAAAAAGUAGAGGGGGGAGAUAGCCGGUAUAAAAGGGUGGAGUGAAGGGGCUGGCAGGUGCUGCAUGGGUCCAGGUGGUGGGUGGUGGUGAUAGGCUGAUGGAGAGGGCUCUCUAUUUUGGUCUCUUUACCUUGAAGUCAUUGUGGUUGUAAGUUUACUGGGUUGCUUCCUGGGCUGAUGGGGGUUGUGUUCUAAAGGAAGGAUAAGCCUGUGAUUGUUCCUUUAAGAGCAGCUGGCGAGUCAGCACAGUGGAGCUCCGGGCUUACUUGGCAAGGGAGUAGUUGAGAAGUGGUCGAGCAGGUUCCUGGGUUUGGUGCAUGCUGACUUGGCUGAUCUCAGAGCAGUGCCUUGGGAUAGGGAGGGGAAGGCGUAGCAGUCCCAGUGGGUGUCAUGGUGACAGACUAUGUUAGCAAUAAAGUACUCCUUCAGCUCAGCCUUGGGACCAAGAGAUGAAGUGAUUCCAGAGGUGAUGCCAAAUUCAUGAGCUUCAUUUGACUUUAUAUGAAACCAUGUAGGAAUUUUAUGAAGCAGGUGCAGAUAUUAAAUGUUAGCACUGUUCAUUUUUGUUGUGGAUGUACAGUUAAUUCAUCGUGUUAAAUGUCAUUGUUUCAAAUAAAGAUUGCUAAUGGAUAUUCUGUGCAAUUUCAAGUUUUGCUUGGUUUGAUUUUAGAUUUUAAGCCAAGAUUGAAUUAGCUCUUUUUCUAAAUUAGACUGGCAGUUGCUUUUGAUGUGAUGUGGGUGACAAUGGUGAAGCAAGGACUCAGCUCCAAACCUGAGGUACUUUUGAGCUAACUGCUUCUCUUGGUUGGGAGUUAUUACUGUGGGUCUGAAGCUGCUUCAACCAGACAAAGAAUCAGAAUUAGGUUUAUUAUCACCGAGGCCUGUUGUCUGGGAGUUCAGUGGCCCAUUGUCGGCAAGUUCGAGUCCGAGUCUGCUGGAGGCUGGAGACAGCCUGUGCUGGGGUUGGGGGACUCUUUAUUUGCAUGGGUGGGAGGGAGGAACGAGGCUCGAUUCGCUGGUGUUGCUCUGUUGCUUGUGAUCUCUGUUCUCCUGCCGAGCAUUGUGGGCAUGCUCUACUGGUGCUGGAAUGAGUGGCAACACUUGCGGGCCGCCCCGAUUAUAGCCUUGGUUGCUGACGCAAAGGACAUACUUCAGUGUGCAUGCGAUAAAUAAAUCUGAAUCUUGCAUCCGACAUACGUCGUGAAAUUCGUUGUUUUGUGGCAGAGGAGGAGAAGAUAUUCCUAGAACGUUUGAGUGAGCAUCUUCAGGCUCUUGUAUCUCCUCCUUGAUGGUAGUAAUGAGAAGACGGCGUGUCCUGGGUGAUGGGAGACGUUAAUGAUGGAUGCCACCUUCUUGAGACAAUACCUUUCAAAGAUAUCCUCAAUGCUGGGACAACUUGUGCCCAGUGGAGCUGACUGAAUCUACAACCCUCUGCAGCUUUUUUCAAUCCUAUACAUUGGAGCCUUCGCACCAGACGGUAUUGCAACCAAUCAGAAUGCUCUCUGCAGUACAACUGUAGAAAUUUACCAGAGUCUUUCGUGACUUACUAAAUCUCAAACUUCUAAUGAAAUAAAGCCCUUGGCGUGCCUUCUUCGUAACUGCAUGAAUAGAGCUUAGGUCCAUAUAGAUCUUCAAAGGUGUUGACCCCCAGGAACUUGGAAUUUGCUCAUCAUUUCUACUGCUAACCCUUCGAUGAGGACUGGUGUGUGUUCUCUUGACGUCCCCUUCGCAAAAUCCACAAUAAAUUCCUUGAUCUUUCUUACACUGAGUGCGAUUUACCUCCCUAACAAGUCAUUGGGUGUAUUUAAGGUAGAGAUUGAUGGUUCUUGAUUGGUGAGAGUGUUCUGGAUUAAUGGGAGAAGGUGGAAGAAUGGGGAUAAACAAAAAUCAGCCAUGAUUGAAUGCAGUCAAUGGGCUGAAUGGCCUGACUCUGCUCCUGUAACUUGUGGUUUUAUAGUCUUUUUUCCUUUUCUGAAAAGAAGCAUUUAUGAUUUCAAGAGGAUGUUGUAGUUCCUGGCAUAACCACCAGAUGGUAGAGAGGUCACUAAAACAAUUCUGGUGCACAUUGUAAUUGUAUCCGGUUACAGAAAUCUAUCUUACUGAAAUCUGACUAUGGAAAUUAUUCUGUAAAUUUUAAAAUAUUUUUUCAGGAUAGCAAUAAUGAUUAGUGGUAUUGAUUAAUGAGUUUCAAGAGUGUACGUUCCAGUGUACAGGAGCGAGAUAUAUCAGCUGGUAGAGUGGAGUCGCAGCAACAAACUUGCACUCAAGGUCAGUAAGACCAUAGAACUGAUUGUGGACUUCAGGAAGGGCAAGAUGAGGGAACACACACCAAUCCUCAUAUAAAGGGAUCAGAAGUGGAAGGGAGUGAGCAAUUUCAAGUUCCUGGGUGCCAACAUCUCUGAGGAUCUAUCCUGGGCCCAACAUAUCGAUGCAGCUACAAAGAAGGCACAUAUUUCAUCUGGAGUUUGAGGAGAUUUGGUAUGUCACCGAAAACACUUGCAAACUUCUACAGGAUGUACCGUGGAGAGCAUUCUAACAGUGGGAAGAGACUACUGCACAGGAUUGCAGUAAACUCCAGAGAUUUGUAAACUUAAGUCAGCUCCAUCAUGGGCACUAGCCUCCGCAGUGUCCAGGACACCUUUAAGGAGUCCUGUAUACACAAAACAAGUCAUCCAAAAGGGGAGCAAAAGAGAAACUGUAUAUAUUUCUUAUCAUAAUUUAUAAAUUUUUAAUGUAUUGCACUGUACUGCUGUCGCAAACAAAAAAAAAGUCAUGACGUGUGCCGAUGAUAUUAAACCUGAUUUUUGAUUCCCUG